AUGAUCCAACCCCACGAACCUAAUUGGGAUUACUCCUCCCUCGCCUUCCCAUCCUCUUCCCCGAUCUCCAACUCUUUCCCCAACAAGCCCACCACCGCCACCGUCGUCAACUUAGAGAGAAACGAGCUCUCCGAGUGGGUCGAACACGUCACCAAACAGCUCAUCGAUGACUUGCCCGACACGCCACAACCCGACCCCGAUACCAUGGCCGCCGCCGCCGCCUACCGCGACAGCAACGUCGACAUCGACCACUUCCGUCCCCGGAAAGUCAUGCGCCGGAGUACUCCUCAUCAUCACCAUGAGGAGUACUCCGUGGACAACACAAAUAAUAAUUCCUCGGGGAGCACCAGCGACAACAGCCCAAGCGCGCCGCCGCCACUAAACCAGAACGACGAGCGGAGCCUGGGGCUGAUCACGCAGCUCUUCGAGAUCGCGGUCGCGAUCUCCGUCGAGAACCUGGAGGAGGCCCACGAGAUGCUCCUGGACCUGAGCCACGUGGCCUCCCCUUACGCCCCGUCCUGCGCGGAGCGCGUGGUGGCCUACUUCGCGAGGGCAAUGUCGAGCCGCGUGAUGAACUCGUGGCUCGGCACGUGCGCCCCGCUGACCAACCACCGGGCCCUCCACGCGGCGUUCCAGGCCUUCAACAACGUCUCCCCUUUCAUCAAGUUCGCCCACUUCACCUCCAACCAGGCCAUCCUCGAGGCCUUCCAGCGCCGGUCCCACGUCCACAUCAUCGACCUCGACGUCAUGCAGGGGCUCCAGUGGCCGGCACUCUUCCACAUCCUCGCCACGCGGGCCGAGGGCCCGCCCCAGGUCCGGAUGACCGGGAUGGGCUCCUCCAUGGACCUCCUCGUCGAGACGGGCCGACAGCUGUCCAGCUUCGCGAGGCGGCUGGGCCUGCCCUUCGAGUUCCACCCAAUCGCCAGAAAGUUCGGCGACGUGGACGCGUCCAUGGUCCCCUUGCGGCGCGGGGAGACGCUGGCGGUGCACUGGAUGCAGCACUCGCUGUACGACGCCGUGGGGACGGACUGGAAGGCCGUGCGGCUCCUCGAGGAGCUGGCCCCACGGGUCGUCACGCUGGUCGAGCAGGACGUGGCCCACGGUCCGGCCGGGUCGUUCCUCGACCGGUUCGUGGGUUCGCUCCAUUACUACUCGACCCUGUUCGAUUCGCUGGGGGCGUUUUUGGCCCCCGACGACCCCGGGAGGCAUAAGGUGGAGCAUGACCUGUUUUUCCGGGAGAUCAACAACGUGGUGGCGAUCGGUGGGCCCGGGAGGAGCGGGGAGGAGAAGUUCAAGCACUGGAGGAGGGAGCUCGCGAGGAGCUCCUUCCUCCAGGUGCCGAUGAGCGGGAACUCAAUGGCUCAGGCGCAGCUGAUACUCAACAUGUUCCCCUCGGUGCAUGGCUACAGCCUGGUUCAGGGGGAUGGAACGCUCAGGCUCGGGUGGAAAGAUACUGGGUUGUUUACUGCGUCGGCAUGGACGUCACCUGCUUCUAGCUAG